GUUGUAGCUUAUCCUGAUUCUAUGCGGAUUUCACCGCCUGCUGGAUGAGAGACUCGCAUCAUGCCGGGUAGGCCGGGAUUUACAUCCCCCCCGGAGGAUCUCUGAACCCCACACACACACACACCUGUCCUGUCCGUGUCGGGACUGCGGAGGAGGACUGUGGCUGUCCCGGCCCCGCGGAGGGGUGUUGUAAACGCCGAGGACCUGGAGACCAGCAGAGGCGAGGAUGCUCGUGUUACCAGAGAGGAGCUGGGCAUGGGUUGUGCUUUAACUGGUAACAGAGAAGAGGGGCCUUCUCUGGCAUAGUCACCCCUCAUCUUUUCUUUCCAUUCACAGUCCACCCUCCCUUUCCUAACCUGUUGAGUGUUUGAUUUUCAUUUUCUCUGCUUGAACAUUUUUCAUCACCUGUCACCAUGACAACCUCAGCCCUGCGCCGGCAGGUGAAGAAUAUUGUUCACAACUAUUCAGAAGCAGAGAUAAAGGUUCGGGAGGCCACUUCUAACGAUCCAUGGGGCCCGUCGUCGUCCCUCAUGUCGGAGAUCGCUGAUUUGACUUUCAACGUGGUGGCAUUUGCUGAGGUUAUGGGCAUGGUGUGGAAACGGCUAAACGACAGCGGCAAGAACUGGAGACAUGUCUACAAGGCUCUGACUCUGCUGGAUUACCUGCUGAAGACAGGAUCGGAGAGGGUGGCACAACAGUGCCGCGAAAACGCCUUCACAAUUCAGACACUUCGUGACUUCCAGCAUGUGGAUCGCGAUGGCAGAGACCAGGGGUCAAAUGUACGAGAAAAAGCACGCCAGUUGGUGUGUCUGCUGCGGGACGAGGACCGGCUCCGGCAGGAGAGGAGUCAAGCCCUGAAGACCAAGGAGCGAAUGGCUGGCGGAGGCACGGGAGGAGGAAGUGGAGGAAGUGGAGGACAUGGAGGUAUUCCUCCAUCUUACCACCCGGGUCGACGCACAAGUCAGCCCAGCAUGGCUGUGCUGUACGGCGAAGAAUUCAGCCGCUCCAGAGGCUCUCCAUCCUCCUUCAACUCCUCCUCGUCGUCUCCCCGCGCCGCCUCAGACCUGGAGCAGGCUCGGCCUCAGACCAGCGGGGAGGAGGAGCUGCAGCUCCAGCUGGCCUUAGCCAUGAGCAGGGAGGAGAGUCAGAAGGAACAGCACUGUCACCAAGGAGACGACUCAAUGUUACAGAAGGCCCUGGAUGAGAGCCGGAGAGAGAGCCAGUCAGGGACACAGGAGUCUGCUAUGCUGGAUCUGGUGGACAUAUUUGGCCCCUCUUCCAAGCCCUUGCCUCCUCCUAGUGACCCUUGGAACUCAGCACAACCCUCCUGUAAUAUCGCCUCCAACCCCUGGGACUCUGUAGCGGUCCUCUCAAGCACUCCUGUGAUUGGUAGCCCUUGGAUGGCCCCUCCCACCUCCUCUAACACAGCCAAUCCUUGGGCUCCAUGUGCCAACUCACCCACAGACCCCUGGGAAGCAGUGCCUGUACCCUCCAGUCCUCUUAAUAAUGCAUGGGACAGCCCAACAGAUGGUGAUGGAAACGGUACAGAUCCAUUUGCUGCACAAGAAGAGGAGAAAGCUAAACAGGAAGUUCUCAAAGUGUCCUCCCCUCAAGCCGCCAGCCCAACAGAUGCAGAGCUGUUUGGAGAAAACCCAGAGUCAGACCUGUUUUCUGAAAAAGAUGGGAACCCAGAUCCAUAUGGGACGGAUCCCCCGCAGGUAAACGGACGGGAUUCGGCCAGUCCGGAAGAGCUUGACCUGUCCCGGCUCGCACCCCCACUCAGCACCCGGCCUGCACGUGUGUGUCGGACACCAGAAGCUUUUCUGGGACCUACGGGGGCCUCACUAGUCAAUUUAGACACUCUGAUACCCCCCGUCCCCCCUAGCAAGAUGCCCAAUAACCCCUUCCUCUCAGGUCUCAGUGCGCCUUCUCCCACCAACCCGUUCCACUGCGACCAGCCGCGCCUCACACUCAACCAAAUGCGACCGUCUUCAACCUCUCCGCUGCCGCCCCACAUGCUGUCUUACAGCCCAUCGCUGCCCCUCCCGCUGCUCCACCAGCCCCCAGUCCUGCCCUCCUCCCUCACACAGCCUCCCGCUGGACUACUGGACCUGCCCUCCAACCUCCCACAGCCCCUGCUCCCCCUUUCUCCACAACCAGCACCCCGCACUCAAACACAGACGCACAGCCACAACCCUUUCCUCUGAGACUCCUGCAUCUUCCUUCCUCUGGUUCGCAGAGGAAGAACUGACUCUUGUUUUUUUUUUGUUUUUUUUUUAAUUAAUCUAUGCUAACUACAGUGAGAUUAGUCAAAAUGAGCUUGAACUGGAUCCUGGUCUGUAAUUGUGCAAACCUUAAGUGGAUACAAGUUUGAUAGGAUGUAUUUGUGUCCGUCUAAAGAUACACCGACUACCAUAUAAUUUGAAUUCUUGAAGAGGAAAAGAAAAAAGCUCACGCACAUAAAGAGUUAUGCACUCAGGCGCGCUUCACGAUGCACAGACACAAGCGUGUACACAACACCAAACUGACAGGGUUUAUCUGAAGAUACUGUUCCCCAUCAAGACACUGAACUGUUCCCUUUGAAGACUACACACACUGGUUGUCAGCAAAGGUGCACCGUUAUCCUCUCCUGCUGCUUUUCCAAAAAGUACAAAUGACACCCCCCUACCCCCACCUCCUAGACACCAUAGUAGUAUCUAUUCUUCUUUGAACCUGAGCUGAACUCCUCAAAGAAACCCCUUUCUCUUCUCAAACAGUAUUUUAAGAUUCCUUUCUUUGGGGAGAGUCCAAAACUGACUCCAGAAAGCACACAGCGCUGCUCAAGAACUUACUGACCCCUUCUUAGACGUACAAAAUGACAUGUAAUUUGCAUUGCCUUCUUAUCUUUUACGCUCAAUGACAUCUAGUUGGAAGUUAAUCUUGUAUGAACUUGUAUGAAGUAAUGGAGCCCAACGUGAAGCAAGUGGGUUUAAGACUGGACUAAAACAGCUGACAAUACUUACUGGACCUACUCUGAUCUCUGAUUGUACCCCGCCCUUUACCCCACACCCGUGCCUGUCUGUUCAGCUGACCAACAAUGCAUUCCCAGUAUCAGUCAGGAGGACCUCAGGGAGACACCUCUGUCCCUCCUUUUAAGAGAUUCAACCUUAGUUAGUUAAAAAGCUUUUUGAGGACAGAAAAUGAAGUACAGGGACAUCAGUGACUUUAUUUCAUGUUGAAAAUUCAGCAGAAGUGGAGCAGGUAGAAGUUACGGAGUUAGGAAGGGGUGGUGAAUAACUGGAAGGAAUUUCAGAUGCUAAACUGGUGUACUAUUCCUCACUCACUUUUAUGUUGAAGAUCAGAUCAUGUUGACUCAGAUCUUUCAUCACUGCACUGAACCCAGACUUGAAUGUGAAAUGCCUGCCAGACACACACAGGCUCAGUACAUAUGUAUUUAAUAGAAUUAUAUCUCUGUAUUAUGAAGUACUAUAUCAAUAAAUGGAUGGUGUUUGCAUUAUAAUUUCUGAAGUGUACUGUACAUUGAUUCACAAGUCAUUGAUUUUUUUUUCUUUACAUUAAAGACCCACUGAAUGUGACCAGAUAGUUGAAACCAAGCCAAAAUGUCGAGAACUAUUCAUUUUCUACGAUACAAAAGCAUUUAGUUUUACUCAGCAUUGUAAGAAGUCAGCAUGAGUCUGACCUGCUGUGGAUGAAUGUAAAAGAGAAUACAUUUUCAAUUUAAAGUUUUUGCUUUGAGGUUAAGCAUGUUUUGCCCAGAAAAAGAAAAAUGAAAUGAAAAAGAAUGUAGUCAAA